GUUUUCAUCAUGAACAAUAUAAAGUAGUACCAAGUAGUUUCCCCCCGUCAGCAUCAAGCUGCUAUACUGUCUCUCUCAUUCCGUCAAUGGCUCAACCCCCCACCCCCGACACGGUCCAAGGGCUUAUGAUAGAGAUCAGUGCAGGUGGGGGGACUCAAUUAAAAAGCCAAUCACCAACAGAUAGACUACAUCCGUCCAUCAACACUACUCUGCCCAGCCCAUUUAAUUGCGCUGCAGGAUUCCCCACCAAAGGCAUCAUCUGUCUGCUACACAUCACAACACAAAUUGGGUGCGCGUUGACAGAUUGAAUCUUUCAGGCAGAAGCGCUGCGCUGUAGUAUGUGCAAUCUAACAACACUGUCUUAUUCAGGGAGAUGUGAAACUCCCUGUAUUACCCCUAAUCAGCCGGGUUAACUGCUGCCAUAUUGACGGACUGCUGGAUCAUUGAUCCAGGUGGGUGUUACGGAGUGUAUCGUCAUUGAUUGCAGAUAGACCGCAGUGCACUGGAUUCAUUUGGGUCUCUGACUGUAAGCCGAAGCCAAAGAGGAGUGAGUUGGGUUUUAUUGGUCGGUUGUGCUCAAGGUGCAUUGUGGGAUAUCCUGUGGCCUCUGGUCAGGGAGUUGGUGUUGCGUCAAACACAGAUUUUCAGCCACAGGAGACUAUUAUAUAGGCAAAGACCCUGAAACACAAUGACACACACUGCAAUGCUCUUACAAUAGACUAGCAUGUCAAGGGCAUGCGUAUACAAUGUGUGAGACAGACGGCACCCAAAUAGACGGGUGACUUUGUUUAUUGAUAGAUGUACCUGAGCAAAAGUCAUAAGGACAAAAAGGUUACAGACCGAGAGGGUUAAACAGCUUAACAUUUUUGCAGUUAUUGUGCUGGUAAUCCAUUCUGUUAGCGUUUGUGGUGACGUUGAAGUGCCUGUGCGUGAAAUAAGACAAAUAUUAAUAGGCGAUGGAUGUGAGCUGAACUCCCCAAGGCUGUUAUUGCACCAUGUCAGAAGAUGACAAAAUGUUCUCUCCCUUUGCGAUUUCUCAUGUGGAUUCAACCUUUGACCCCAGUGUCCAGCCCACGUUUGUUUACCAAAAUUGAGUUAAGGGUGUACAUGGAGUGCUAGAGCAUGUGUGUUUUGUGACUCUGCACGAGAGAGAGGGAGAGAGAGAGAAGAGUAGGGAAAGUAUUGUGCAACUGCCAGUGCGUCUGAAGCUUAUCGUCUAAGUAUUGAACACAGACAGAACGAAAAACAAUUGGAAAAUGCGUGAUUACAGCUCGUCAAACAUCACGGCAGCCUAAGAAACAGGAUGUUAAUGCUUGACGGAAUGCCUGCAGUGCGAGUCAAAUCUGAGCCCCUGGACUCGGAACAAGGGUCACCUAAAGUGCGCCCUUACUCUGUGAUGGACGGCGUCCCCUUCUUCCUCAGCAGAGUUAAAUCUGAACCUCCAGAAGACCUGCUCGCUCACGACCUGCACUUCCACACACAGACCGAGCCUGUCGACCUGUCAAUCAACAAACCCCGCCCCUCCUCUCUAUCCACCACCCCUAGCACCACCUCAUCAUCUUCCCCUCUCAGAUACGCUUUCUCCCCGUCUUCUUUAUCGUCGUCAUCCUCCUCCUCCUCCUCGUCUCCAUCGGUGAUCACCUCAGCCUCGUCGCUGCUCACGCCGGGCCCUCUGGUCACCCCCGGCAGCGGGGUCAGAGGUCAGCCGUAUUUGCACAUCCUGCACUCUGUGCCGCAGCCUCCAUCCAGCCCUCUGAGCCUGCAGGGAGCAGGGAAGCUGGUCAGCCAUGUUCACCGCAUCCCUGUUGUGGUGCAGUCGCUGCCCCUCAUGUACACCACUGCCAUUCGAUCGCCCUCCAGACUCAACAACGCCAUCAUGCUACCUCUACUGGAGGAGGUGAAGAGACAGGGCAAAGCACACACAGACCACAACGGCCUGUCGCCAAGGCAGAUCAAGAGUGACAGUGACGACGACGACCUGCCAAACGUGACCUUGGACAGUGUUAAUGAGACCGGCUCCACUGCGCUGUCUAUAGCCCGCGCCGUACAAGAUUCCAUGUCCCCGUUCUGUAUUGAAAGCAUACGACGCCCCCGGAGGUCAGAGUCACCAGAUUCAAAAAAGAGAAGAAUUCACAGAUGUGACUUUGAGGGCUGCAAUAAGGUGUACACCAAAAGCUCCCACUUAAAAGCACACCGGAGGACGCAUACAGGGGAAAAGCCAUACAAAUGCACCUGGGACGGCUGCACGUGGAAGUUUGCCCGCUCUGAUGAGCUGACGAGGCAUUACAGAAAACACACAGGGGUGAAGCCCUUUAAGUGCGCAGACUGUGACCGCAGCUUCUCCAGAUCCGACCACUUGGCCCUGCACCGGCGGAGACACAUGCUGGUGUGAAUCAGACGGAGAGAGAUAAAGAGGAAUGGAAAGAGAGAGAAAAGAGAUCAACAACAGGCACACACAAACAGGCAGCCGGGGGAGCCGGAUCUCCCUAUGAAUGUUUUACAGCUGGCCUGGACGCACACAUGUACACAUACAUACGCACACACACACACACACACACACACACACACACACACACACAAACACUCUCUCAUCCGUCAUGAGGAGAGAAGAAGAAGAAGCACAGAGCUUGUGGAGCACAAAACAGGGUCACUUCUGGAUCCUCUCCGGGUUGGAAGGAAAAGACGGCAGAUCUAUUAUUGUUGAUCUUUGGAGUAUAAUACGGAACUGUCUUUUACAGCACUGUUUGUAAAUGUCUCACUUUGAUUUUUAAAGAAGAACUCGCACUCUUUAUUUGGACGAAAAAAAUAUAUAAUGCAAGUGCGGCGGUCUCUUUUUCGUAUCUUUCCUUUCAUUAUUCUUCAAACAGCUGCUUUUCCAGCGUUCAUAAUGUGAAAGACCCCAUUGUUUGGAGUGGAUUUCCUGUGCGAGCAGAAAGGAGUUAGGCCUGGACCGGAUCACAGGAAAGGACUUGGGCCUAGUUGGAGUUACAGGCAGUAUUGUUGCACCGUGCCUCCCUGUGAGUCAGAUUUGUGACCAGCAGAGGGUGUCCUUUCAUCACGGAUGGUUUUUUCUUCGCUUGCUGGAGCUGUUUUAUCUGAGGCUUUCUAUAUGGAAGCUAAAAGAGGGCUGGACUUUCACCUGUCUCAUUGCCAGCUAACAGUAAAUGACUUCAAAAGCCACAAUAUGAAUGGAUCAACCUCCUCAACACAUCUACUUUCAUAGAUUUUAAUUACUUAAUUCGAAACAGUAAUAACUGGACACUCAUGUCAUCACACCAGCAAAGAAACACACCGUUUAUGACCUGCUCACAGGGCCGGACCACCCCAAAUCUCAUCAGUGCUACUCUUUAUGUUGAGCCUCUUGAAAGCAUUUCUUUAAAAAAAAAUCUUUGGUGGAAUUUGUGCUGUGAUUAGCAAUCAGUAAAGUGCAAUCUUUAAGGAUAAAUAUACUUUUAGUAUGACAACUUUUUGUUUAUUGAAUCUUACUUCUUUUUUUGUAUGCCUGCUUAUUGCUUAUGUUUGACUCAGAAUAAUACAACCCCUCAUGUACAGUGAACUUGAAACAAUCAGAGGAGAUUUCCAGUAUGUGAAAAAAAAAAACAGAGGCACCUUACAGACUCACGCUUUCAUUCUGUCCCGAUUGAUCUUGUUUUUUUAUUAUUCAGCUCUGUUUUCUCAGCUGGGUUUGACAGUGAAAGGAACUUGCGUUGUGGUUUUGCACAGCGGCACUUGACCAUAAGCUGAAACUGACACAGGAGCAGUGUUACAGGGAUAGUGUGCUACCUGAUGUACAAUACAGGUGGGCAAUACAUUACUGAACAAAGUGAUGAGAAGGAACGGCAACCUCCUCUUUGUUCUUUUUGCUGAUGUCAAUAUCGGAGGAGAAGUUUCUAACUGGGCCAACUCUUCUCUCUGUACCACGACUCCCUCCGUUUGAUUGGUCCCUAGCUCCAGCACAAGGCUCUAAUCUGACGUGUCUACGUUAGUGAGUUACUCCCAAUCAUUUAGUUUGUCUCGAAUACAGAAAAUCACUUGAAAUGUUCUCACCUCAGACCAGAUAUAUGUUUUCUGAUUUACCUGAGAUUUGGCUAUAACAAAUGCUGAAAAAUGGGGGGAAUUCACAUGCAUACUUAAAAACAUAAAUACAAUAUGCUUGUAAAAUACUUCUACAUUUUAGAUGCGGUUACUGGCAGUACUCUCUUCGAGAACAUCACUUAACUUUAAUCAGGACAUUAAAUUAAAGAGUUUUUUUAUAGUCAUAAUAACAGAUAUUUCUGCAAGUAUUUCCAAUUCUCUUAAUGCUGUGUAUGACCUGCAGACAUAAACUCAAAGCAUCAGGCCAUCCCAUAAUAUUUGAUAGUGCUGCUAAAUGCAUUCAUUGGACCGAAGCCAGUAAAAAGAAAUGGCAACCCUUCUGAUAAUAGCACCUUGAAAACACACACACUCACACACAUUUAAACACACACUUUGCAUUGAACAUCCUCACCUUCAGUGAAGUAGCUAAAUCCAGGAAGUCAUUUCCACACAUGCACCAAAUGUAUGUGACCCCGUCUGAUGUAACGAAGAAUGGUAAUGUAAGUUAUCAUUAUUUAUAUAUAUUAUUUGCGCACAUGUCAUUAUGCCCAGUUGUAUUAUCAUUUUGGCAAAAAAGCAUAUCAGCACCUUGUUUGUUUAAUAGUAUGAUUUUCAAAUUAUUUUAUUUCAGAUGUCAAUUUAUAAACAAAUAGUCAUCAUCAUAUUUUAUCCUCCAUAUAAUGUAUAAGAAACAUUUUAUUGUCGAGGGGCACUUCAUCUUUGCAUAUAACUCUUUUUCUUCUGUAAAAAGGAUCUUUUGAAAUGUUGUAAUAUAUGUGAUAGUGAAGAUAACACUUAUUACAAAGUUCUACAGCCUGUAUAUACAUUGGAAAAAUAGGGCUUUUGAUUAGUAGAUGCAGGAGAUACAUUUAUACAUGUAAAGUCUUUUUUUCAGAGACUGUAAUUUAUCUAAUUUGAUAUACAGUGAAAUGGGGCUUAUUGUAUCCAUCGUGUAAAUGAUCAUAUGUGAUGUUAUAGAACGGUUUGCUUUCUUUGGUUUGUGGUUUAAUAAGUUCAUGAUCAAAUCAUUUUUAUUCCCAAGGCUGAACCAGUGUUUGCUUUUAACAACAAAUUAUUUAUAUACAUUGACCGUAAUAAGGUACUCGAUUCCCUAUGUUGCUAUUUUGCUAUACCCGGACAAGAAAUUCUAUGAUCAAGCACAUAUCAACACGUCUCGUAUUCAGUGUAUGACGAUGAUUGCCUUAAAACUCGAUUAAAUUAGACUUGAACAUGGACAGGACGAUCUAGGUCCACAGGACAGGGUGUGUUAUAUUUCCCUUCAGCAUCUCUUUCCUCAUUUUAAAGCAUAAUUUUGUAACGGUUACCAGGGUCAAAGUUAUGCAAUAAUAAUGAAUAGUGCCUCAUAUUGCAAACUUGUAAUAUCAAACGCUCUGGGCAGAGUUUGGAUUUUAACAUGCGUGCUCAAAUUAAUAACUAUCUAAUGGGAAACCAUACAUUUUUAAAACAAAAGCACAGACAACAUUAUGCAAGUCGGACCUUUAACAUUUAACUUUUAUUUUUCGCACUGAGCCUUAUGCCAUUGUGUCAAAUGCAGCAUCUUCCCAUAACACUUUCACAGGCUGUUUAUAGCUCACGUUAUUACUUUGCUUGCAAUAAGUCACUUCCUCUAAGGGGAAAAAACGGAGUUACAAAGGCCUCUAUGUUUCAUCCCAUGAAUUCAUCAUGGAGGAUAAUGAGGAGUCUUGUGGCUGGAUGAGGGCUGUAAAGCAACGCCUUUGUUAAUGAAUACUGAUCUUACACGUCUCUAUCAGUUCAAUAUCUAUUUUACUUUCUGUGUAACAUCUGCUUUUGAUUUCUUGGUUUUAAAAAUGUAAGUAGUGAAGCCAAUGCCUAUGUUUCAAGUUUGCUGAUAUUACGUACAGUAAUCGUUGUUCCUGUAUUUAUGUAAAGUGAGUGUAGUGUAAAUAUAUUCAGAUCUUUUCAUUCUUACCGUGAAAAAAAAAAAAAAUUGUGAUAUUGCUCAGCAUCGCUUAAAAAGGGAGAUUCUGCUCAUGGAAUUCCACAAAUGUAAAAGAAAUUUUUAAUCCUGAUAUUUUUCAAAAAUUCAAGAACAGGUGUCCUUUUUUUUCUGUUACGAUUUUCUUUUCUCCAAGAGUUGUUUAAGUAUCCAGUCAGUGUUUUGCCUUUUUCUCUGUAUUUUUCAUAUGGAUGGAGCUGUGAAAUUAAAAUAAGUUCAAACAUAUACAUGUAUAUUAAUAUGAAUGGAGGCAUGAAGGUUAAUAAAGUUGCAUUUUGUAUGUAACACAC